AUGGCGGUGCUGGCUCUGCAGGGCCUGGUGGCAGCCACCAGCGAGGAUGGACAGUUCUGGGGAUGCUCAGCACCUCGCAGCGUCAGGCCCUCAGUGCCGUGGGGGAUUUGGGGUGCCGUGGGGACGUGCCGGGAUGCCCGGCCCAGGCUCUGGCGUGGCUCUGCAGUGCUUGGCAGCCUCCCCGGGAGCGUGGGUGACCAGCAGAGGGCCUGUCUCUGCCUCUCCCCAGCAGCUUUUAUUCUGCCCAGAGCUCUCCGGAGAGCCCAGAGCAGCGGCCAGAGCCGGACAGAGCGGGUGCUCCUCCAGACGCCUCCCUCGCUCCCCGCAGCCCCGGGGUUGCUGCGCUCGGGGCUGCUGCAUCUCCUGCGACCUCUUCCUCCAGCGGGUGCCUUGGGGACCAUGCCUUCGCCGCCCUCACUCGUCCUCCUGCUGCUGGCACUGCUGGGGACCGCGGCGAUGCGAGGCACAGCCGGGCAGCCUGGAGGUAGGACGCUGCCCCGCAUCGCCCCGGAGGUGCGGCUGCGCCGGGGCACGGUGGAGGACUCCAAAUCGGUGCAGCAAUACGUGCCGGGGGUGCGCGUGGAGUUCCCCCGGCCCAUCAACUCCGCCAGCCUGCACCCCACCAAGGCCCUGGUGCCCUCCAGCACGGACCCCGCGGAGCAGCAGCGAGGGGUCCCCACGGACGGGCAGGGGGUUGAACCCCGAGCAAACCUCACCACGGUGUCUGACAGGAGGCUGCAAAUCCAGAACCCGCUGUACCCAGUGACGGAGAACUCGUACAGCGCCUACGCCGUCAUGUUCCUGUCCCUCAUCGUCUUCGCCGUGGGCAUCAUCGGGAACCUCUCUGUGAUGUGCAUCGUGUGGCACAACUACUACAUGAAGAGCGCCUGGAACUCCAUCCUGGCCAGCCUGGCCUUCUGGGACUUCCUCAUCCUCUUCUUCUGCCUGCCCGUGGUCAUCUUCAAUGAGAUCACCAAGAAGAGGCUGCUGGGGGACAUCUCGUGCCGCAUCGUGCCCUUCAUGGAGGUGUCGUCGCUGGGAGUCACCACCUUCAGCCUCUGCGCCCUGGGCAUCGACCGGUUCCACGCAGCCACCAGCCCGCAGGCCAGCGCCCGGCCCAUCGAGCGGUGCCAGUCCAUCAUCGCCAAGCUGGCCGUCAUCUGGGUGGGCUCCAUGACGCUCUCGGUGCCGGAGAUCCUGCUCUGGCAGCUGGCGCAGGACACGUCGCCCGUGUCGGGCGCGGUGUCGGAGUACUGCACCAUGAGGCCUUCGGCCAAGCUGCCCGAGUCCGUCUACUCGCUGGUGCUCACCUACCAGAACGCGCGGAUGUGGUGGUACUUCGGCUGCUACUUCUGCCUGCCCGUCCUCUUCACCGUGAGCUGCCAGCUGGUGACCCGCCGGGUCGGCGGCGGCGAGAAGAAGGCCGAGAGCCGAGGGACGAAGCACGGGCAGUGCGAGAGGCACCUGAACUGCACCAUCAUCGGGCUGGCCGUCGUCUACGGGCUCUGCGCCACCCCCGAGAACGUCUGCAACAUCGUGGUGGCCUACAUGUCCCCUGACAUGUCCAAGCAGACCUUGGACCUGCUCGGCCUCAUCAACCAGUUCUUCCUCUUCUUCAAGUGCUCGGUGACGCCCGUCCUGCUCCUGUGCCUCUGCAGGCCCCUGGGCCAGGCCUUCAUGGACUGCUGCUGCUGCUGCUGCGAGGGUUGUGGCCCCGACGCCGCCUCCAGCGAGGGCAGUUCCGACAGCAAGCUCAAAACGGAGAUGUCCUCCUCCAUCUUCUUCGACAAGCCCCGGGAGUCCCCCCCGCCCCUCCUGGCCCUAGGCACGCCGUGCUAAGCGCCGCCCUGGGGGCUGUAGAGAU